UUCAGGAUGAAUCUGGAAAAACUCAGCAAACCAGAACUACUGACGCUGUUCAGCAUUCUUGAGGGAGAGUUAGAAGCAAGAGAUCUUGUCAUAGAAGCCUUAAAGGCCCAACACAGAGACACGUUCAUUGAAGAACGCUAUGGGAAGUACAACAUUAGUGAUCCAUUAAUGGCUUUGCAGAGAGAUUUUGAAACUCUAAAAGAAGGAAACCAUGGUGAAAAGCAACCAGUAUGCUCCAAUCCCUUGUCUAUUUUGAAAGUGGUGAUGAAACAUUGCAAGAAUAUGCAAGAAAGAAUGUUAUCCCAGCUAGCUGCUGCAGAAAGCAGGCACAGGAAGGUGAUUCUGGACCUGGAGGAGGAGAGGCAGCGGCACGCCCAGGACACGGCCGAGGGGGACGAUGUCACCUACAUGCUGGAGAAGGAGCGGGAGCGGCUCACCCAGCAGCUGGAGUUUGAAAAAUCCCAGGUGAAAAAGUUUGAAAAAGAACAGAAGAGGCUGUCAAGCCAGUUGGAGGAGGAGAGGGCACGCCACAAGCAACUGUCUUCCAUGCUUGUAGUGGAGUGUAAGAAAGCCACUGCCAAAGCAGCUGAAGAGGGGCAGAAGACAGCAGAAUUGAGCUUGAAACUGGAAAAAGAGAAGAGUAAGGUGAGUAAACUGGAAGAGGAGCUGGCGUCCAAGAGGAAGCGGGGUUUACAGAUGGAAGCACAAGUAGAAAAGCAGCUCUCGGAGUUUGACAUUGAAAGAGAACAGCUGAAAGCCAAGCUGAACAGAGAAGAAAACCGAACAAAAGCACUCAAAGAAGAGGUGGAAUGUCUGAAGAAAGCCCUGAAAGAGCUGGAGGCUUCUUGCCAGGAGCGCGGUCCUUCCGAGCCUUUGCAGCCAAGCCCCUCGGUGAUGUCCAGAGGUGUUGCAACUGACAGUCCUACAGUGAAGUCUGUGUCUUGCCAGACAGAGUGUCUGCAGGCAGACCGAGCAAAUCCUGGCAGUGUGAGCAAGGCUGCCCCCCCCGUGUUCCCCAGCCCUGCUCCAGCAGCUCAUGCCCAUGUGAAGUCCAACGGGCACUGCGGCGAGGCGCAGGCGGGCGGUGACCUGCAGGCGAGCGCAGCUGAGGGCCAGCUCCAAAAGGAGAGAUCUGCUGGUGCUGCCUCAGAAACCACAACUGAGAACGGAAGUUCUCCAGUAAGAACAGAGUCACCGGUGCAUCUGAUGUCCCAGCUCCCUUCUAGCGGGGUCUCCCUGUCUCCCAGCAGCACAGCUGCCUCCUCUCUGACACCUUCUCCCUGCUCCUCACCAGUUCUGACCAAACGCUUGGUGGGAGCUUCGGCGAGCAGCCCUGGUUACCAGUCCUCCUACCAGGUGGGCAUCAACCAGCGCUUCCAUGCGGCUCGGCACAAGUUUCAGGCCCAAGCUGAGCAGGACCACCAGGCCGGUGGCCCGCAGAGCCCACCCUCACGGGAUUUGUCUCCUACUCUGGCAGAUAACUCUGCUGCCAAGCAGCUGGCCCGCAACACGGUCACUCAGGUCCUCUCCAGAUUUACCAGCCAGCAGGGACCUAUUAAGCCUGUCUCCCCUAACAGCUCUCCUUUUGGCACGGACUAUCGAAACCUGGCAAAUGCUGUGAGCCCCAAGGGCGAGUCUGGUCAUUCUCCAAGCCCUGGCAAGGUUUCCAGUCCACUAAGCCCAUUGUCUCCUGGAAUUAAGUCACCAACCAUUCCUAGAGCAGAAAGAGGGAACCCUCCACCCAUUCCUCCAAAGAAACCCGGCCUCGCUCAGUCACCUGCUGCUUCUACUCCGCUCCCCAAAACCUCUGCCCAGGGAUCCUCUCUGGGUGCCCCCAUGGACGUGGCAAGUAGCUGCUCUAACACUGCUGUAGUGUCAAACGGUAAAGACCUGGAGAUCCUCCUGCCAACCAGCAGCUAGUCUCCAGAAAAUGUGACUGUGACAUUCCACGGCUUAGCAUCCUAGAGCUAAGACACUGUUUUUCCACUCCAUGUUAUUUAUUUCCAUAGUAGCAGAUUCUGUCUGUAUAAAGCAUUUAGUAUAUUUUUUUCCUUUUUAAUAGGUAGGAAAAUAUUUUUGUUUAUGAAGAAACCUUAACUACAGCUAUACAGUAGCCUCAAAAAUGUCUCAUGGCAGCAGUCAAAUCAUUAGAGAUAACAAGAACCAUAAUCACAUGGUGGGACCUAACUAUCAAACUCUAAUGGGACUGAAAUGCUACUUUUAAAUUAUGCAGAAAUAACUUUUGCAGACUUUUUACUCCAGAUGAACAUUGUAUAAAAAGUGCCUGAACUAA